AUACCGAUAACGAACUUACGGAAGAAGUUGGAGGAUAUCAACAUGUUGUGGUUUUGAAAAAUAUUAAAGUUGUAGAGGGAGAUAUUGUUGAGGCUCUACAGCAACUGCCUCGAGGAGCUACACAUGGUGAUUUUCUUGAUGCUAUUAUUGUUGGCAUGGAUAUGCUGAUAAAAAAGUUUGGAGAAACUAACAAGGGAAAGAAGCGUCUAUGUCUUAUUACAAAUGCACAAUGUCCAAUAAAAGAGCCAUUUGAAGGAACAAAAGAGGAACAAGUGACCACCAUUGCUAAACAAAUGAUCGUCCAUGGUAUGAGGAUGGAAAGUAUAAUUCUGAGAGGAAAGCUUAGUCAAGAUGCAAAUAAGAAAAUAAUGGACGAGAACGAUCAACUGUUACGUAUUUUUUCAACAGAAACUUCUGCAAGGUCAACAUAUGUGGAGAAUCCAGUUUCUUUGCUUGGUGCUCUUAGAACCCGAAAUAUAACUCCAUCCACAAUCUUUAAAGGGGAUCUUGAAUUAAGCCCAAAACUGAGGAUUAAGGUUUUGGUAUACAAGAAAACAGCAGAAGAAAAGUUUCCAACUCUCAAGAAAUUUUCUGAUAAGGCUGCUUCAACCGAUAAAUUUGCUACACAUGAAGUCAAAGUGGAUUAUGAGUACAAGAGUUCUCAAGAACCUGAUAAAGUUGUCCCGCCGGAUCAAAGAAUUAAAGGUUAUCGAUAUGGGCCUCAAAUAGUUCCCAUAUCCCAAGCUGAGUGGGAUGCUGUUAAGUUCAAACCAGAAAAAGGUCUGAAGCUUUUAGGAUUUACUGAUUCCUCCAAUGUAUUGAGACACCAAUACAUGAAAGAUGUCAAUGUCUUCAUAGCUGAAACAGGAAAUACAAAAGCCACACUUGCACUUUCUUCGCUAGCAAGGGCUAUGAAGGAAAUGAAUAAAGUGGCAAUACUACGUUGUGUUUGGAGACAUGGACAAGCGAAUGUCGUCAUUGGGGUCCUGACGCCCAAUCUAUCUGAUAAGGAAAAUAUUCCUGAUUCGUUAUACUUCAAUGUACUACCUUUUGCUGAGGAUGUGCGAGAGUUUCAAUUCCCUUCUUUCAGUAAUUUCCCUGCACCGAUACAGCCAAAUGAACAACAGCUAGAAGCCGCGGCUAACUUGGUAAAAAUGCUUGAUCUUGCACCACAAGGAAAAGAGGAAGUUCUGCUACCUGAUUUUACACCAAAUCCAGUCCUAGAGGCAUGAAUUCCUUCACUUAUGUU